AUGGGGAAGAAGAAGAAGGGCCAUUCCAUCGUCCAAGAGUUUAACGACUACUUCGGCACGGGCACACUCGAUGACUGGCAACGCCUCUGCCAAGAUAUCGGCCUUGAGGGUGAUCUGAGCAGCAUCACCAGGUGUCGCAAGGCUCUUCGGACAGUUCACGUCAACAUCCACGACCUCAUCGACGCCGUCAAGCAAGGCCGAAGACCGCGCCGCUUCAGAAACGCAGAGCAACUGGCCCAGUACACGGUCGCGACCGGGAAGAUAUAUCCGAAGAGAUGUGUCAAGGAGAUGGGGCCGGUGAAGGCAUUGAUGCGACCUAUCCUGUGA